GCCCUUCAAUUGCUACUAUUGGCCAGGCGUCCAUGCUUACGAAAGGUAACGUAACCCCAUUUGUACAGGUCCUAUCCCCUGACCAAUCAGCUAUCCUAACCUUCCACUCGAUGUCAAAUGGCUAACCCCGGCCAAUCGACCACUAUGGGUAUAGGCGUGGUCAUAGUGGGAUUCGUCAUUUUUCGUGUGGGAGGCGUUAGGACCCAGCAGCGCAAGGGCUGCUGCUGCUCCCUGCCCACUGUAUGCUGAUGGUCUGUGGACGUGCGGGCAGAAACGCGGCUCCGGUGAUGAAGCUGGACGAGGGACGGUCACAGCUCUAGGCUGCAUCCCCCGUUUUAGUUGCUGUUGCGUGUUGGUCCAAUCAGCGCUGAUGCAUAUCAUGUGUGGCUGUGAAGAUUUCUGAGGGGAGAACGUCAGAACCUGUCAUUUCUCUCUGCCAUUAACACACAGCCUUAGAGCACCAUGGGAGGCGUGGCAGUGGACGUGGACACAGGAGGGGUGAAGGCUCCAGAUGGCGGGUGGGCCUGGGCGGUGCUGGCCGGCUGUUUUGUCAUCACAGGUUUCUCCUACGCUUUCCCUAAAGCGAUGAGUGUCUUUUUCAAAGAGCUGAUCAGGGAGUUUGGGGUGGGAUACAGCGACACUGCCUGGAUCUCCUCCAUCCUGCUGGCCAUGCUCUAUGGCACAGGUCCUCUGUGCAGUGUGCUGGUGAACCGCUUUGGCUGUCGCCCAGUAAUGAUGGUGGGUGGCCUCUUUGCCUCUCUGGGAAUGAUCCUGGCCUCCUUCUCCACCAGCAUCAUCCACAUCUACCUCUGUAUUGGGGUCAUUACAGGUUUGGGCUUAGCCUUGAACUUCCAACCAUCUCUCAUUAUGCUCAACCGCUAUUUCAGUGUGAAGCGUCCUCUGGCCAAUGGGCUGUCAGCCGCUGGAAGCCCUGUGGCCCUGUGCUGCCUCUCGCCCCUGGGCCAGCUUCUCCAGGACCAUUACGGCUGGAGGGGGGGCUUCCUCAUCCUGGGUGGCAUCCUACUCAACUGUUGUGUGUGCGGGGCGCUAAUGAAGCCUCUGGUUGCCCCCAAGACUCUCAAGGCUAAGGACCCGGAACAGGACAACAAAGGAGAAACAGAGAAAAAGAAGAAGCCCAAAGCCAAACUUCUGGACUUCUCUGUGUUUAAAGACUGUGGGUUUCUCAUCUACACUGUGUCGGCGUCCAUCAUGGUGCUGGGGCUGUUUGUUCCUCCGGUGUUUGUCGUGAGCUAUGCUAAAGAGCUGGGGAAUGAGGACACUAAAUCAGCUCUGCUGCUCACUAUCCUGGGCUUCAUUGACAUUUUUGCACGGCCCACAUGUGGUUUGAUUGCCGGACUCAAAUGGGUGCGGCCUCGUUGCGUCUACCUCCUUAGUUUUGCUAUGCUUUUCAAUGGAAUCACUGACCUGGUUGGGUCACAGGCCAAGGACUACGUCUCACUGGUGGUCUUCUGCAUCUUCUUUGGCAUCUCCUACGGCAUGGUGGGUGCCCUGCAGUUUGAGGUUCUCAUGGCAAUAGUUGGUACUGCAAAGUUCUCCAGUGCAAUUGGCCUGGUCCUGCUCAUGGAGGCCAUUGCUGUGCUGGUGGGACCGCCUGGCGCAGGCCGGCUUCUUGAUGCCACCAAGAAUUACAUGUGGGUCUUCCUGCUGGCAGGAUGCGAGGUGGUCCUCUCAGCUCUGGUUCUGGCUACUUGUAACUUCCUGUUUAUCAGCAACAAGUCCUCUGCAUCGGCAGACAAGCUUGACAACAUCGCAGUGACACACAAUGCCAGUACAGAAUUGUGCAGCAAACCUGUGGAUAUGAGUGACGAAGAGGAGAAGGGAGAAAGAGAGACGCUAGAGAAGGAGGUAAUAAAGGAUUUAAAGGACGAGGAGGCCAGGCCAGAAAGUGUAACAGUGGAGUCACGGGAAGUGGAAAAAUUCUUAAAAGAGCCACAAAAUGGUGACAUAGCCACCAAUCCUGAAACAAGCCUGUGAGCAGCAUGGGUGUAAAUUUCAUCUAACAGUUGCGGGGGACAAUAAAAAUUAAAUUUAUCAUGAGAAAUUCUUAAAUGGAACACAAACAGUACAGUUACCAUUGUACAGUUGUAGAGGAUAUGUGUAGUUGUGGAACUCCAGUAAGUAGGCUGGCAAGACUAUUUUAUUCACUUUAAACAUCAAAUUAAGUGAUUAUUGUCUUUAAAACAGUUGAUGCUGAACUGAGAACUGAGCCUCCUAGCAUGCUAGCUUGAUAACUAGCCAGCUAGCUUCUUAUGUGUAACCAGUGAAAGCAUGUUGGGUGGAAUUAGCAAGUUAGCUUACCAGCUAUCCAACAAGCUAUU